CUCUCUUUAGUACAAACAAUACCAAUUUCUACCUCCAACUAUGAAAUCGAAGUCACUUCAGAUGACUUACUUUAUAUGUCUCCAUUGUUACUAUUUUCUGUUUCUAUCAUUCCUAAUUUAUACUUUUUCAAUAAUGAGUUUGGUAGAGAAAGCUUUAUGCUUACAAAAAAAUUAUACAAUAGUGUUACUGAAUACAAAAAUAUAGAAUCAGAAAACUAUGCUGGUCAUGAACAAACCUCUAAUAACUCAAAUAAAGGAAAACCAAAAGCUCAAAAUGAUCUUAACAACUAUUUCAAAAGUAUUAAAGAAAAAUACACCAAAUUAAAUUCUUCCUUCUCUAGAAAAAGACAAAGACCAAACUUGCUACCCUCUUCUUCCUCAAAAGCAAAAAAGACUAACCUUCAGAAUAAUAAUUCUACAUCUCAAACUGAUAACUCUCUUACUAAUAAUUUUUUCAAGCCAUAG